AGUGUGGCGGUUUUCGUAAGAAAUAGUCAGAAAAAGGAUUUUUGUUGACGCCGUUACUUGUUAGUAAUUUAUGUUUCAUAUUACAGGUUGUACGAAGACAUUUACGUUACGCUAUUGUACUUCGUAAUUGCUAACUGAAACGUGAUCUGUUAAACGUUGAAAUUGAAAAAUUAAUGUUAGCGCAGUUUUUACAGGAAUAAUAACGAUCUAAUUCAUCUUUGGCAUCGAUCAAUACCAGCUGAUUUUUUCAAUUUUCUAUUUGCGAUUUCAUACAUCGAUAUUUGCAUUUUGUCGGUGCCUUUCCAUUCUCUUUCUGUGGCCCCAACAGCGAGAUAACAUGAAUAUGAAUCCUAUGAUGCAGAUGAACCAGAUGGGCCAAAACGGUCAAAUGGGCCAAACCACACAAAUGGGACAAAUGGGUCAAGUCAACCAAAUGCCACAACAGAACCAAAUGGGGCAGGUGGGACAAAUGGGUCAGCAAAACAUGGUUGGAGAUGGCGGUCAGAUCCAACAGAUCCAGAACAUAGCCUCCACCACAUACGGCAUGACAACAACAACAACAACAUCAACUAAUCAGGCACAGACCAACCUUAUUGUGAACUAUCUUCCACAAACUUUGUCCGAUCAGGAGUUCUAUCAAUUAUUCAACAACGUGGGUGCUGUGACUUCUGCAAGGAUUAUACGAGAUAAGCAAAGUGGUUACAGUUUUGGCUAUGGCUUUGUUGAUUAUGUCAAGCCUGAAGAUGCUGACAAAGCAAUCCAGCAGUUGAAUGGCCACCCUAUUCAACAUAAAACAAUCAAAGUUGCAUUUUCCAAACCUGCUGGUGCUGAUUCAAAGAACAUCAAUCUUUACGUGGCUGGUUUGAAUCCAGACACAUCAGAGGAAUCAUUGAAACAAAGAUUUUCUUCUUAUGGCACCAUUAUUCAAACCAGGGUAUUGAAGGACAAAAACACAAACUUGUGCUCUGGUAUCGGAUUUGUUUUAUUUAACACCAAAGAUGAAGCUAUGGCUGCUAUAAAGGCAUUGAAUGGUGCUGUAUUCUCACAAGCCAGCACAUCUCCAUUGGUGGUAAAGUUUGCAAAAACCGACCAGAAAGUUCCAGAUUCUUUUCAGGGUGGCAACUACCAAGGCAAGACUGGAGGUGGUCCUAUGAGGGGUCGUGGGUUGAAGGGAAUUCGUGGUCGAUAUUCACCAAUGUCUGGUCGAGGUGGUAACAACAACAGCGGCUUUGGUGUUGGGGGUGGGAACAACUUUGGGGGAGGAAAUUACAAUGCUGGGUACGGCAACAGUGGGUUUGGGGGUGGUGGCGGUGGGUUCGGUGGACCCGGCUAUGGAAACAACAUGAACAACUAUGGGGGUGGUAUGGGUUAUGGGUCAUUUGGAGGCAACCAGAAUUAUGGUGGAGGGGGUAACCAUGAUCGAGCUGCUGAAGCUUCUGCACAGGCGGAAGGAAGGAUUGUUUAUGUUUAUGGGAUUGGACCUUAUACUGAUGAGAACGCACUCUGGCAUUUGUUUUUCAACUUUGGAACGAUUGUGCGUGUGAAUGUGAUCUAUGAUCAAAUGAAAGGCACCGGCAAAGGAUACGGUUUCAUCACAUUCAGUACUGCAGCAGAGGCUAGCUAUGCAGUUGCCCAGAUGAACGGGUAUGUCUUCCAGAAAAAGGCAUUGCAGGUCUCAAUUAAAACAUAACGCUUCAAAUAUGUAAAUCAAUUCCAAAACUGUACAUUAAAAUACGUUGUAACGUAUCUGAAACAGCGACGGGUCUGUUUCGUAGCUGGCGGUUUCUCGUUUCCAUUUUAUAUCGCUCAAUUUGACAUUGCUUUUUUACGCGGCUGUUUUAGCGUUUCGUUCAUUGCGAAUGAACUAUCAUUGUACGCGAUGUAAUACAUUAUCACUAUGUUUAGUGAUCUCUUUA